AUGGACGGGGAAAUAGAGAGUUGGGUCCGCCGGUGCCAGAUGUGCCAGGAGUCAUGGCCCGAGCCUCCCAGCGCCCCCGCCACUAGGUGGGAGUCCACCAGGAAACCAUGGUCGAGACUCCACCUCGACUUCGCGGGGCCAUUCCAGGGGCAGAUCUUCAUGAUAAUUGUGGACGCCUACACCAAAUGGCUCGAGGUCAUCCCCGUAGGGUCCACCUCGUCCGCAGCCGCAAUCCGAGCAUUACGCAGGGUCUUAAGCACACACGGUAUCCCGGACACCAUAGUCUCGGACAAUGGGACCGCUUUCACGUCCGCAGACUUCCAGGCGUUCCUCCAGCGAUACCUUAUUAGGCACAUAAGGUCGGCCCCCUUCCACCCAGCCACCAACGGUCAGGCAGAGCGGAUGGUCCGCACCACCAAGGAAGCCCUGGGCCGUAUUGUACAGGGAGACUGGGACCACCGAUUAGCGGCAUUCCUAUUCGACAAUAGGAUCACCCCCAACCCGGUCACAGGGGUUAGCCCGGCCGAGCUCCUCAUGGGACGA